GCGGGAAUGAACCCGUAACAGAGACACGUGUAGCCUACACAGGGAAGCAGGAAGUGAAGUUGUUCAGCUGGUGCCAGUAAACACACAGGCACCAUGCUUCCAGGCUUCAGUCCUGUGGUUCAGGCCCUGCUGGGGACCCUCUUCACCUGGGGUCUCACUGCAGCUGGAGCCGCUCUGGUGUUCAUCUUCUCCAGCAGACAGAAGCGUAUCCUGGAUGGCAGCUUGGGAUUCGCAGCAGGGGUGAUGCUGGCGGCUUCCUAUUGGUCCCUUCUGGCUCCUGCGAUUGAGAUGGCAGAGGAAUCUGGAAGAUAUGGGGACUUUGCAUUCUUCCCUGUUGCUGUUGGUUUCGCUCUUGGUGCUCUGUUUGUUUACUUUGCAGACCUAAUGAUGUCUGUUCUGGGUGUUGGGAUGGACCCCCACAUGGCUCUUGCACUGCCGUCUGAUGUCAAACUGGCUAAAGAAAAGAAGAAGAACUCUAUGGCUGGGCUGUCAGAGGACGAAGAUCUGUCCAUCAGGAUAGGUAGAACAGGAGUCCACUCAGAUAAAAUAGAGAAUGGUGAGGUGCACCAGAGACGCAGAGGACCCAACACUGGCCAUACAGUGGGACAGGAAGUGAACACUAAACCACAGGAGCAGACUGGUCAGACCUCAAGCAGCUGGAGACGGAUCGUUCUUCUAAUCCUAGCCAUCACCAUACACAACAUUCCUGAGGGCUUGGCAGUUGGAGUUGGCUUUGGAGCAGUCGGAAAAACUCAGUCAGCCACAUUUGAAAGUGCCAGAAACUUGGCUAUAGGCAUUGGCAUUCAGAAUUUCCCAGAAGGCCUUGCAGUGAGUCUUCCUUUGAGAGGUUCUGGGGUGUCCACAUGGCGAUCCUUCUGGUAUGGACAGUUGAGUGGCAUGGUGGAGCCUUUAGCUGGGUGGUUAGGGGCUGUUGCCGUGGUGCUGGCAGAGCCGUUGCUACCGUACGCUCUCGCCUUUGCCGCAGGAGCCAUGGUGUAUGUAGUGGUCGAUGACAUCAUUCCUGAAGCGCAAGUCAAUGGGAAUGGUAAGCUGGCCUCCUGGACAUCCAUUAUUGGCUUCAUCGUGAUGAUGUCACUGGAUGUGGGACUUGGUUGAGCCUUCUAUUGGUUGAAAUAUUGUACAACGUAUAGAAUGUCAGGUGACUGCACUGAAAAAAGCGACCUAAGAGGCCUUUUUUCUUAGUGUACAGGUUUAAUUGCAGGAGUAUUUUUUUUACUAAUUGUACUGUAUGUACAUGUUAUUUUUAUUGGUUUUAAAUCUGCUUUAAGGAUUUGAAGACGGGGCAAAAUUUUGAUUGCAAAAGGACAAUACUUGAAAAAAUAAUACUUGAAUGAAAUGGGUGUAGGAUGGUUUCUAUGUAGUAUGUGUUUCUUUACAUGAGUAGACCAAUGUGUGAUAUAAACUUAGCUCACCAGCUUACUAUCAGUAAUAUAGGGACCAUAUGUUCUUGAAAUUGUUGUGCACUCAACUGGAAAAGAAAAGUAGUGAAAUUGCAAAUCUCUACAGGUUUGAUUAAUGAAUUAAUUUACAGUGUGAAUCAUUCAUUUAUGAUUCAAUGGAGCCAUUAUUGUUCAGCCGUCUCUUGUUGUAAUAACUGAAUUUCAUCACCUGGGAAAUCCUUCUCGCCAUCUUUUUCAUACCGUACUUGCAUUUGAAACACAAGUUAUUAAAUCAAAUAAAGUUUCAUUUUCUGUGAGAGUGUAAAAUAUUCUUCUUUGUAAUUGCUGUAAUAAAAUUUGCAAUACAAAAUCUCAGUCUCCGGUUGGCUGUAUGUUUAGCUGUUUUGUAAUUACCAAGUACCUCAUACCAAGCUUCUUUAAAGAUUUAGUGCCACUAACCCAGCAAGACUGCCAAAUCCAGUUAUUAUUUCAACUUUAAAAAGGCAUCAGCCUGGUCAUUAAAACAGUAUACAGAGGUAUCAGCUAUACAGCCUAGUCAGCUUGCCAGUUUAAAAAGUGCUUUCUAAUUUUGCGAGCAGUUUUCAUCAUUUUAGACAGCAAAUGUCUGUGGGAUUAUCAUGUUAAUCUGCAAAAUGCACGAAACAAUUCUAAAAAUAAACUUUUAAAAAUAAAGUUCUGCUGCAUUUAAUAUUUAAUAUGGGUAGUUAAAAUACUUCGACAGAAUGUGAAAUAAACUCAAUAUUUUGCCCUUGAAGUACUGGAAUUAAUCUUGUCACGUACUCAAAUCUACAGCAUUUUCCUAAUGUGUGAUUAGUCCUAUGUAAACAAGUCUUUUUGUGCACAGAACCAGAGUUUGAAAAUGAACAGUCAUGUUAAUCUAUUUUUUUUUUUUGCCAAAAGUUAGAAACUGGAAUGUCAUUCAAAGAGUGGAAUUUAAUGUUGGAGGUUGGAAAAGAUUGUAGUGGAUUGUCAUUUCCUUCUUUGACUGCAGGAAACUAUUACCAGAUAAACAAUGAAGUUUCAAAUAAAAAUG